GUGAAUGCAUUGAGAAGUGAGAUAAUGAGGCAGAGCCAGGUAAGCUUGUUACUGGCAAUGGCAAAGAAUCAAAUUUACAGAGUCAUAUACAGCCAGAAUACACAAUGAGAAACCACAGAAUUACAGAAACUGAGAGAGGGUGGGGUCCCACUUUGUCUAUGCCCAGUUUCCUCAUUCUCUUAUAUUAGGUGAACCCACAAACUUGUUACCUAUACAUAAUCAUCACAGCUUUAUUUCAAAUACUACGUAGUUGCAAUCAUGAGUCUGUUUGGCCUUGGAAGCAGGAACCAGAAAACCUUUCGUGCUAAAAAGAGUGCUCCAUCAGGAAGCAAGGGUGAGCAACUUAGAAAACACAUUGAUGCUACCUUAGGUAGUGGUAAUUUAAGGGAAGCAGUGCGGCUACCCCCUGGGGAAGAUCUUCAUGAGUGGCUGGCUAUAAAUACUGUUGAUUUUUUCAACCAAGUGAAUAUAUUGUAUGGCACCCUCACUGAGUUCUGCACUCCAUCAAGCUGUCCAACAAUGUCAGCAGGACCAAAGUAUGAAUAUCGAUGGGCUGAUGGGGUGAAUAUAAAGAAACCUAUAGAAGUUUCUGCUCCAAAGUACGUGGAAUAUUUAAUGGACUGGAUAGAGACUCAGCUAGAUGAUGAAUCAAUCUUUCCCCAAAAGUUGGGUGCGCCAUUUCCCUGUAACUUUCAGGAUGUUGUGAAGACAAUAUUUAAGCGAUUAUUUCGUGUAUAUGCCCAUAUCUACCAUUCACAUUUCCAAAAGAUUGUAAGUCUAAAGGAAGAAGCUCAUCUCAAUACCUGCUUUAAGCAUUUUGUUCUCUUCACAUGGGAGUUCCGCUUGAUAGACAAGGCAGAGCUUGCACCUCUCUAUGAGCUUGUUGAGUCUAUUCUGCAGUUCUAGUGCCAUGAUGUCCUUUAUUUUCUUUAUCCCUUCUUUGCUCUAUGAUUCUUUGAUUAGUUUGCGAACAGAACAUGUGUUUGAUGAUGGAUGCAGGACAGGGAAACCCAAAAUAGUGUUUAACCUGAUCCUGAAUUUUCCUUAUUUGUAGAAACUUUCAUGGAUUGAUUUUGAAUAGUUGCAUCUUAUGAAAAUUUUGCUCUCUCAUCGAGUAACCAUUUCUUGAGCCUGUUUUCUAUGGUUUACCUAUUACUAGUGAGUAUAA